CUGUCACUACCUACUACCUUCAAAACACAGUCAACCUCUAAUACCACCGUGGGAGUUUAGCUACUGAAGUUAUUCUAAGUUUACAAACUUGUGUACCUAUUGCAAAGAGCUUGAUUGACAUUGGAUCUCCAGGCUUCUCUUGGAUACUAAGGACUUUGACGGAAGCUUUCAACUAUACGAUGGAAGGUGAUUGCAGCAGAGUGAUGGUAGACGUGGAGAGUGGCCCUGUGUACCCAGCAACGACCGUGACCCUGGUACGGGACAAGUCCACACCCCAGCGGAGGCUGUGUGGUGCCCUGCUGGCCAUUGCACUGUGUGUCUCAGCUGCGCUUUUCAUUACCUGGCACGCCAAGAAACAAGAUCACGUCGAGGAAGUUGAUGAACUUCAGCAUACAUUGAGACAACUCUCUGAAAACAGAAAGACUGCCAUUCAUUUAGAAGGUGAAUACAACGUCAGUGGAAAAUACAAGACCGCAGUGGAGUGGACAGAAGUGGUAGGCCAGGGAUUCUCACAGGGGAGUCUUAAACUCAACAACAACGAGAUUGUGAUCCCUCAGCCGGGCCUUUACUUCGUCUACAGCCAGGUCUCUUUUCACGUCAGCUGCAAGGCAGACCCCAAGCACCCUAACAACCAGAAGAUGGUUCACCUGAGUAACACGGUCAAGCGCUGGUCCCCAAGCUACGGCACCGAAGACAACAAGGAGUACCUGCCGCUGCUCAGCUCUGUACGCACCGUGUGUAAGAAGUCUUCCAACAGCGAGGAGAGCGAAGGAAAGUGGUAUAACGCCGUGUACAUGGGAGCAGUGUUCAGCCUGGAGAAGGGAGACAUGCUCCGGACGAAAACAGAGACCAGGCUUCUGCCCCAUCUGGAGAGUGGUGCUGGGAAGAACUUUUUUGGCUUGUUCGCCUUGUGAGACAGAUAAAAAUGGCUGACGAUAGAGAGGAAAUGCUACGUCCCCAAAUGCCACCCUUUGCCCUAUACUUUAACUACGGGUGCACUAUAUAGGGAAUAGGGUUCCAUUUUGGGACGUAGCCUCAGUGUGAGUGAAAGGUUCAUACAGUUGGAGGGAGUAGACAGCUAAAUCCAUGCAGAAGAAGAGGAUAAUGGAAGGUUACCUGAUAGGAGUCAGGGCCGUUUCAUCUACUGACGUUGACUGAGGUUAAGGCUUUGUGUUGUUUCGUGUUAAAGCCAAUGCAUUAUUUAUUUUUUUACUCUUCUGUCAAAGAUUAGGAAUUAUAGCCUGGGUACCAGUCUGUUUGUGCCAUCAUGCUACUUCUUGCCAUGCCAAACAUUGGCUUCCAUGACAGUAUGAUGUAGGCAAGAGCACAAGCAGAUCUGCAACCAGGCUAGAGAAAUUAUACCAAUCUAUCUAAACUGUAGCAGUUUAUUUAUAUAUACUUGGGGUUUAUUGUAUAACAAAUGUGUUGCCAUGGUGUUACCAUGACAGUAAAUUUCUAUGAUGCUAAUGUUGAACUACCAUCCACAGCACAUAAACCAACCCACACUAUAUAUAGAUAUAGAUAUAGAUAUAUAUAUAUAUAUAUAUAAUAUAUGUAUAUUCUACUAUCUGAAGGAAUUCUGACAUACAGUAUGAUUCAGUGUAUUUAAGCAUUGUGAAUGUGCCACUACAUCGGUCAAAUGUCUCAUAUUGAGAAGUCAAUUUAAUUUCUAAUUGAUUCUGAAUUCAUUAUUUAUUGCUAUUUUAUUAAUAUAUUUAUCAUUAUGUUUUAGUUAAUUAUACUUGAAUUGUUGUCUGUAUUUAUUAUUUAUUAUGAACUUUUAUUUAACUAGGCAAGUCAGUUAAGAACAAACUCUUAUUUACAAUGACGGCCUACCUCGGCCAAACCCUCCCCUAACCCAGACGACACCGAGCUAAUUGUGCUCCGCCAAACGUGGACUCCCAAUCACAGCCGGUUGUGAUACAGCCUGGAAUCGAACCAGGGUGCCUGUAGUGACGCUUCUAGCACUG